AUUAAUUAAAAUGUUUUACUCUUUUAAGCUGAAGCAUGGCUGCAGAAGUCCAUUGGUGCUACGAUGUGCUCAAGAAAAUGGCCAUCGAAAGCGUCAGCAGCAGUGACUUGGAUUACUUAAAAAACACGUUUGCCGUCGAAAUCGGAUCCCCAAGAAAACUGGAUCGCAUAAAUACUAUAGAAGACUUAAUAGACUGCCUAGAACGUGGUGAUCAAAUUAGUGAGGAGAAUGUUGAGCCACUGCGUAAUAUUGGUAUGAACAAUAUCCAGUUGCAAGAGGCACUGGACAACUACCAGAGAGUUGAGCGCACAACAGCCGUAAACUGCUAUCAGGAACAAAGACUGGCCGAAGAGCUGCAAAAUCAGUUGCAUAUCAAUUCACAGCGAGUCGUGCAGCCAGCAGCCGCACCUACAACUCCAGCUCCACAAAAUUAUGUGACUGUAGCGCAAUUUACAGAUGCGAAGCGUGCUGCAGUUUUUAAACAAAUUUCCGAGCAAUUGGGCCGCUCAUGGCGCGAUUUGGGUCGCAAGCUAAGUAUAAGUGAAGGUGCCAUGGAUGAAAUAGAGAUGCGCUACCCACAUGAUCUCAAAUCACGCAUCUUGCGACUCCUACAGAUGUUCGAAGAGGACGAAUGCAAUGAUCCCAGGCAGCUACUAUUGCAAUUGUGCCGUGGACUUUCGGAAUGUGGACGAAAAGAUUUGCGACGCCGAGUGGAGCAGAUAAUGUCUCACUAACAAUAUUAUGAUUAUAUUUUUUAUCCAAA